GAUAAAUUUGUUUACUCAAGUGUAUAGUUGCCAGUUACUCAAUCAAGAAUCAUAAUGAAAUCCCUUAGAAGUGAACAGUGCGGUAAAUUUUGAAAAUGAAACUGACAAUAACAUUUUUUAACAUUUGAUUGUGAUCUAUUAGGUGUCAGAUGAAACUCAUUGCAGUCAUUUUGGCUUUACUGAUAAACUUGAACGGUAAAUUGGUUGUUAAAACUGUGCAGUUCUUCCAUUUUGUCUGUGUGCUAAACGUGAUUAUCAUGGAUCCAGGCAAGAUAUUCCAGAUCAUCACAAACAGCACUUUGCUUGCUACAAGGCUUCUGUCCGGUUCAGGAAGAACAUUGAUCGAGUUUUCACAAAAUCGCUAUUGUGCCGUCGUCAGAGAGGACCUUCCCAUAUCUUCCGACGUUAUCAAUGUUGUGGCUAACCACAAGGAAGGUGCUACAGUAAAAUACAGCAUCUCAGAAGGGAAUACGGAAGGACUGUUUGAUAUUGAUGAAUUCACAGGCGUUGUCAAACUUGUGGCACCAUUAGACUUCGAGACAACUGAUAAGCACGAAAUCGUCGUAACUGGCGAAGGAGGAGGUCAGGUGGUCCAGGCUGUAGUGGAGGUGACUGUCACAGACGUCAAUGAUAACAGACCAAUCUUUAUCAACCCUGACCCUCACGUCACAGUUAUUGAAGAGGACGACAGACACCUCCCAACUACUCUCCUGAAGGUAGAAGCCAAGGAUCCAGAUCAAAUGGACCAGUUGAAACUACGUUAUUCCAUAAGCGGAGAUGGAAUCGAUGGUUAUCUCCCUGGAGAUGCCUAUUUUUCCAUCAACUCUAUAACCGGCGACCUUAUCCAACUCAAGGCGCUGGACCGAGACCCUCCACACGGGAAACGAUUCUGGAGGUUGAAAGUGAAAGUGGAGGACGGACAAGAGAACUGGAACCCAAAAACACAGUCAUACUAUUUGGGAAACCAACUCACAUACCAAAAUGAUCAGGAAAGUUCCUGGUAUUCAUUACACCCGAGCUCUGGCUUCGAAAUCAACUCUAGUAGAAAGAGAGACCGAUAUAAUAUCUUAACGUCCAGCCACCUAACGAAGAAGCGGAUGAGGGAUUUCAAGGAGAUCCCAGCUUCUAAAAAAAUGCGCCUUUUUAACGACGACGCGUUUGAUUCGGCAGCAGCAAACUCUUUUAUCAAUCCAAGAUGGUCCGUAGAACCCAGCUUACAUAAGGAAGACAUGGAGGGUAAAGAAGAUAAAGACAAGGUCAUGAAGAAUGAAGGCCGCAAUGCAGAAGUAAACAUACCUUGGAAAACUAGCGGUUAUCAUGCAGACAACAUAUUUGGUUCCCAUGAAGUACAUCCUAGGAAAGACAUUAAAUCUGAAAAAAAUUAUCUUAAUGUCGGCUAUCAGUUAGAUGCUCCUGGUAGCCAGAUGAAAACUGUAACAGAACAAGUCUUCCCUGUAAGCGUUGAAAAAAGUAGGAAAGCAAGUAUAGUGUACCAUAGGAGGGGGAGGCAUAGCAAAAGAAAUGGAAAAGACAAUCACACGGUCGUUUCAAACAGACCGGUACCACAAUCUAUAUCAAAUGAACGUGGCUUGGAACAAAGUUUAAAUUCAAGUGGAGAAAACAGAAACGUUACUUUCCAUAGCAUUUAUGAGUCGACAGCUGAUACAAUGGCAUCUUCGGAUGGCCAAUUGCCAGAGUACCCAAAACAUUACAGCCAAGAUAGUUACGAAGAUGUUAUUUUUGUAAACAAGAAAGGAAAUAUUUCUGAAUCAAGAGCUAGAACAGAACACGAAGAUGGCCGCAGUCAUAAAUAUCAGCAUCUGUUACCUUCAGUCGGAGUCAAAAAGAAUAAAUUACGAUUUUCUUGGAGCAAAAAGGCAGAAACGGACCAACGAAAUGCCGCUAAUGAACAAAGAAUGGCUAGAUUCUUAUAUAAGAACAGACGAAGUGUUAGGGACAUUCAUUUUCCUGGUGAAAAAACGUUUAUGGGAGGUCAAAGUCAGCAUGAAAAUAUUUCUGGAAAAAGCUCAGAUUUUAUCAGCCACAAACAAAGAGUAACUGAACAUAAACAGAUUUCCGAUAAAGUCUUAGAUUCCGCUGAUGAGAAUCGUCCAGAGUUGCACAAGAGAAAUGAAUUAUAUGAGUGCUGCGGUGAUCAUAAGAAUGAAUAUGUUGAUGUUAAACAUAUCUACAAAAAUAUACGAUUUAAUCGUAAAAUAGCAAAUAUAUUACAAGAUGGUAACAGUACAGGUUUAUCACCGUUGAACAGUAUAACUUCAAAAAACGAACCAGCUAAAACUGAAAAUGAACCUUUGAGUAGCGAUUCCAUCACAAACCCAACGAUUAGUAAAGGGAGAAUAUUUGAAAGAAAAACCAGGAAAAAAUCUAGCUUAAAACCCACCUUGAAUGGAAAGGACAUUAGCCCAAGCAAAUAUUCUUCAGCGACUUUGGAAAGGAAUCAUCCCAAAUCUCCCGAGAGGAAAAACAUUAGGACGACCUUCGACCGAACGGAAGCGCCCGCUGGAACCGAAUCUUUCUUGCCAAAGGGAAGCGAUUUAGGUCAGAAAUAUUCUUCAUUGGCCUCCAUUAAAACAAUUAGCUCUAAACGACUCGCCAACCCUUUGUUGGAUAAACACGCUCAGCAUUACGAUAAUCGAAAAAAAGACGCAGAUUUCGGAGUCCCAAGAUUUGGUGAGCGAGAAAAACAUCUGGUUAUUAGCCCCCAAAUGAACCAAAGUUAUUACCAAUUUCAAAAUUUUACUAAGGUCUCAAAUUCGAAGGUUAUUUAUCAGCUGUUAUAUUCUCCAAAGUACAUACGUUCGAGACGGUUCCAUAUUGCAGGAAACGUAAAUAACCAUUCAUAUCCUUCAAUUGAUGCCAAUUCUAACGUAGCAUACGUCGGAAAGAAGAACAAAUUUUCCCUUCUCUCUCCCAUUACGUCAGUUAUCUCUAAACCAAGAGAUGUUCACAUAGAAAAUUCAGUAAUGCAUCCUCAGCCAUUUCCGUCUCCCGAAGACUUGUCAAGUUUUUCCCAAAAAGACGUAACUAUAAAGGGAGACUGGUUUAGGGAACAUAGCUACAGACCGCCUUAUAAUAAUCCUGACCUUAUGAAGCCUUCCAAUAUAACGUAUAAUACCAACUGGAAAGAAAAACAAGUGAUGUUAAAUGACGUCCUGACAUUUCCCAGGGUAAAUCGAGAUACUAAUAGAAAACGAACUGAUAAACGAACCAAAUCCCGGAUACCUAUGAUCGAAAACACGAGACAAAAGAAGAUUGACGAGGAUGCCAAGAAAAGUUUUAGGGGAAAAAGAAAAGCAAACGAUGAGAGAUAUCGAUUAGAAAAUUCUGAAACCGGUGAAGCUGAUAGGCACUCGCAACAAGAUGACACCUGCCCUGACCUCAACGCCUCUUUCCCCCAAGGUAUCAGCGAAAACGUGAAUCAGGACAAAAGUAGCGUUCAUUCAGCUGAAAUGACAGUGACAAUAGUAGUGAAAGACAUAAAUGAUAACCCACCGGCAUUUCCAAACACUACAAUGUUCGGUGAAAUACAGGAGAACGGACCAGCAGAACUGGGGAGGCGAUUUUUCAUGUCCAGCCCGAAGAGUGGCCUCAUUACUACUGCCAUCUGUUGCCUGGAUAGGGAAACAACGCCAGAAUAUUCUAUUCAAGUGGUCGCAGCUGAUGGUGGAGGGCUUAAAGUGAAAAUUAUGAUGAAACACAGACAUAAAAUGGGAGAAAAGAUAAAGGAGAAAGGGGAAAAUAGGCAACUUAAGGACAGUGGCACAGGAAUUCCAGGUGAAAAAGGUACAACCAGUUUGACAAUGGCAGGUGAUCUAGGACCGCCUCUCAGUCCUAGUAAAACUUGUACCAAUGGGAAGGAGCCACCUACAAUCCAUACAGUGACAACGAAAAUGCACUGGGCUACAUCAGAGAAUGUCCACUUUGAAGGUUCAGCUGAACUUCCCGACUCAUCUUCAUCUUUUGAUGUAUAUGACACGAUUAUAUCUUCCAACUCCUCAAGCAGUAGUUUGACUUCCUCUUCAUUAUGCUUAGUGGCAUUGUCAUUAGUCAUAUGCCUCAUUCUACUGCCACCAAGCUUAGUGCCAAGUGUAGGCAGCCUUGGCACAGCAAAUGAGGCCCUCAUCAGAGGUUUCAAGAGACCUGCACACCUAGGUGCUCAACAGGAAUGGAUUGAGCAUGGGAUCCUCUUGUUUUUCAUGUCCUCAACUCACAUGCUGAGCACCUUCUUAGCUUAUAGUAACACUUUAUCCCACACUGUAGAACUUUCUUUUGUACUCCCAGGAGCAGUAACAAAUCUUUUACAAAUGCUUUCCUGCUUCCUAGAAAUCAUGCACGAAAUUGUCGUAACUGGCGAAGGAGGAGGUCAGGUGGUCCAGGCUGUAGUGGAGGUGACUGUCACAGACGUCAAUGAUAACAGACCAAUCUUUAUCAACCCUGACCCUCACGUCACAGUUAUUGAAGAGGACGACAGACACCUCCCAACUACUCUCCUGAAGCCCAGGGUAAAUCGAGAUACUAAUAGAAAACGAAACCAAAUGAGAACUGAUAUACGAACCAAUUCCCGGAUACCUAUGAUCGAAAACACGAGACAAAAGAAGAUUGACGAGGAUGCUAAGAAAAGUUUUAGGGGAAAAAGAAAAGCAAACGAUGAGAGAUAUCGAUUAGAAAAUUCUGACACCGGUGAAGCUGAUGGGCACUCGCAACAAGAUGACACCUGCCCUGACCUCAACGCCUCUAUCCCCAAGGGUAUCAGCGAAAACGUGAAUCAGGACAAAAGUAGCGUUCAUUCAGCUGAAAUGACAGUGACAAUAGUAGUGAAAGACAUAAAUGAUAACCCACCGGCAUUUCCAAACACUACAAUGUUCGGUGAAAUACAGGAGAACGGACCAGCAGAGCUGUCCGUAGCCCAGGUGUCAGCCUGGGACAAAGAUGACGCCACAGAAGGAACCAAUGCGAGGAUAACCUACUUCAUAGAAAAGAAUGUUAUCCAUGACAGAACUGGGGAGGCGAUUUUUUAUGUCCACCCGAAGAGUGGCCUCAUUACUACCGCCAUCUGUUGCCUGGAUAGGGAAACAACGCCAGAAUAUUCUAUUCAAGUGGUCGCAGCUGAUGGUGGAGGGCUUAAAGGGACAGGGACAGUGCUUGUCCGCCUGAGGGACGAGAACGACAAUUCUCCUCAUCUUGCGCGGAAAAGUUGGGAUCUUGAAAUCGUCGAAACUCCCGGCGAAGGUCGGCCCGACAGCUCCACCCUACUCGAGAUGACGGUUGGUGAUCCCGAUUCCCACAACGACUUUCAUUUUCGGAUCGUGAAAGACAGUGGUCCCGGUUGGGAUCGCUUUGGCAUCAGGUCAUCAGGAGCCUCGGGACAACUCUACGCCCUUCAGAAGCUUGAUUACGAAGACGAGGGACAUCGAAAGGGCUUCCGAUUUAUGGUACAAGUCACUGAUAAGGGAGAAGAGGGAUGGGAGGAUCCCCGACACCAGGACACUGCCUGGGUCGGGGUUAAACUGAAGGACCGCAACGACAACCCUCCGCUUUUUGACAGCCCGUCAGUUCACUUGUCAGUGAGUGAGGACACAGCCCCGGGGACAAUUCUCGUGAAUAUGACGGCCACGGAUCCUGAUAAGGGCAAAGGGGGACAAGUGAAAUACCAAGUUCUCGGACGCUGGGAUACCCUCAGGAUGGACGAACUUGGGAGCGUAACACUUUACCGAACACUGGAUCGGGAGUCCGACAGUGAGGUUGAGAAAGUCUUCAGAAUCCUCGCCAUGGACCACGGAGAUCCACCACUGACAUCGACAGCCACUCUCACAAUCACAGUCACCGAUGUGAAUGACUGUCCCCCUCGUCUUCUUCCUCCUACAGUCCUUCACGUCACGGAAGGAGAUCCUCCUUCCUUACUGGGUGUCCUUACGGCCACUGAUGAUGACAUCUGGUCGUUAGGACAUGGGCCCCCUUUCACACUAGCAUUAUCGCCUUCAAAUCCAAGAAAUAUUCUCAAUAUCGUUGAGCUCAAGUUCUUCCAACACUUGGACGAGGGCCGAGGAGGAGCCGAACUCUGGACGAGAGGAUCAUUAGACAGAGAAGCGAAUCGUGAACUCCAUGUGAAGAUCUUUCUCUCGGAUUCCGGACAUCUGAACAACACGCAGAUAGUCACCAUCAUCGUGGGAGAUCUCAAUGAUAACCCCAUGAAACCCGCCUCCAAGACUGUUUACCUCUGGAAGGCGCAGAACACUGGUUCCGAGGCUCCGUUGGGACGAGUUUACGUGGACGACCCUGAUGACUGGGACGUUGGCGACAAGACGUUUCGGUGGGCCGGGAAGCCAUUUCCUUUGUUUACAUUGAAUAAGGACGAUGGAACCAUAUAUGCCUCGAGCCAAGUCCGGGAAGGGAGGUACUUCCUUCAAUUUAGUGUCACUGACCACGUCUGGAAGCAAGUGGAUGUUUCGGCCAACGUCACUGUCAUUGUGCGAGUUCUUACCCACGACGCCCUCAGUCAUGCUACGCCCAUCUUCCUCACCCCUACCACGCCUGCGGAUUUGACCCGAGGUUGGAUUCCUUUGGUUGGAGGAGGAAAGUUGGGCAAGCUGAUCAAUGCCGUGCAGGGAAUCACUGACCUGGCAGAUUACGGAACAGAGGUCGUCAGCGUUUACGGAACGGAUGGCACCACCCAGGAUUCAGCAACAUUCCACUCGGUUGUACCCUUCAACUCACUGCAGAGAGGGGAUGAUCUAUACCCGAUGAGUAAUCGGAAUCCGCGCAACUCUGCAGGGCAGCACUCUGCGAUUCACCUGAACUCCUACGCAUGCGUGUGGCUUAGCGUGACGGACUACCAAGGGAUCUUCAUGGACCCCGUGCGAUUGCAAGGACUCAUCGCUCUCCAUUCCAGAGAAUUGGAGGAAGCCACUGGCUUUGUAGUGACGUUCAAGAAUCCGUCGAGUCAUUUAGAAGAGGACAGGAGAAACGUGCAGAAAAUCCCAGCUAUUCCACCCCACCCUACUCUGGGAGAGGUGGACCAUUUUUCGGGGAGCUCCGAAUAUCUCUCUACAUCGUCGUCGAAGCAUGUUAAUGAGGAAGGUCCAGGCAGAGUGGCGUCCAUGGCAUCUACUCUUCUUCCCCUUCAGGUCGUAGACACGAAUCUUACGUCACUAGUGACCCCACUUCUCCUCCGCUCACACGAAUGCGCUUCCGAAGAGAGUUCCUCCUCCAGCCCCUUCAAGAAUACCUGCUGCAGCUGCACACCGGCAUCCUGUUUGAACGGAGGCAGCUGCGUCAGAUUUCCAACUGGUAGCAGGUGUAUUUGCCCGGGAGGAUCUAAAGGUCCCCAGUGUAAGAUCUACUCGCGGACGUUCAAUGGCAAUGGCUGGGCCUGGUUGAAGCCACCUUCUGCUUGCUUGCCAAUGACCAUCUCAAUUCGUCUUCUGACACAAAAGCCAGACGGACUCCUUCUGUACAAUGGUCCUCUUGUCCCUCCUUCGGAUGCCGGGAAGACUAUACCUACGCCCAUGUUGACAGUGCAGUUAGUGAAUCAGAAGCCACAGGUCUUGAUACAGGGUUUUGGAGAAUUUUUCACGCUGCAAGUCAAUAAGUCUGUCAGUGAUGGCAACUGGCAUACUGUGUAUGUCCGACUAGACAGAUUGGGAAUCUCCAUGAUGGUCGACAUUUGCGGAUUUGGUACGUUGGCGAAUUUGUUUGGGGACUCUCACUGCGUCGUUCGUAAAUCCUGGAGGAAUCACCAUACAAUUAGGAUGUGGGAGAGCGUUGGACCUUUGCAAAUAGGUGGAAUUGCACAGCGUCAUCCACGUUCCCUUGACUUCGGUUGGGAAGAUUCAGUGACUCCCCAUCGCUUCGAUGGUUGUCUCUCUCACCUUGCAGUUAAUGGUCAGAUGCUGGAUUUAGGAGAGCCAUCACACAGUGAAGGAAGCUUACCAGGUUGUCGACUGCAGGACUUAGCCUGCAUUCAUGUUGACGGGGCUUGCGGAAUUCAUAGUGAAUGUACCGGAGGAUUAUGGAAGCCAAAAUGCCAAUGUGAGCCUGGCUGGUCUGGACCAAAUUGUGAGACACCCACUGUGCCAACAACUUUAGGUCUAAGAUCUUAUAUAAAGUUGGCUUUGUCGUUCACACCACCAUCCCAGAACAUCGUUAUCCAAGUACGAGUGAGAACCCUAGGAUUCAAGACGGGGAUGUUGAUGCACCUAGUGACUCAACAAACCAACAGCUCAAUUACGUUACAUCUCCAGUCAGGUGUUGCUUGUGCCUCUAUGUCAGUUGCAGGAUUGACAGCAAGGACAGCCUGUGUCAAUGGGCACCCAAUUGGAGAUGGCGAGUGGCAUACCAUCAGAGCAGAGAGACAUGGGCACAACCUGAUAGCUAUGGUGGACGAUGGGGACGAUGGGAGACUCAACUAUUCUAUCCCUUCCCCUGUGACCCACAUACAGGAAAGUUCCCAAAAGGUUACCAGACCCCCGAUAACCUUACAGAUUGAUAAACAUGAUGGUGUUACCAUUGGAGGGCUUCCCCACCUCGUGGGUGCGUCUUUACUGAGUGUUAAGGAAGACCUCACGGAAACGUGCAUUGAUGACCUCCGUAUCUCAGAUCGCCAGUUGCCUUUGCCUCCUGCUGUUAACGGCAGCAGUUGGGGUCAGGUUACCAACUCAAAUGGCCUGUUACGUGGAUGUCAACCACCAAGUUCCUGCCUGAAUGUCACUUGCAAGCAUCCCUUGUCUUGCCAUCGCACUUGGUUAUCGUCUAAAUGCAGUUGUGGCCCUGGACUCCAGUACAUAGACCACGCAUGCGCUGACUUGGACGAGUGCCUUCUUAAACCCUGCCUUCAUGGUGGCACCUGCGUGAAUCUUCGCCCCGGCUACAAGUGCCUCUGUGGCCCUAAUUAUCUCGGAGACAACUGCGAGUGGGCCAAAAUCACGGGGGCUGCUCAUCCGCUCUCCACACCUGUUAUUGUCGCCUCUGUAACUUCCUCCCUCCUCGCGCUGGUGUUAUUAGGAAUCCUAUUUUCCUUCCGGCACCGGCGGUUGCGAGGGGGAGCCAAGCGGGAGGCAGACAAACAGCAAAGGCCGGACGAGGAGUCCCCAGAUAAGACUUCAAUCACGACGUCCAAGACGGAAGGGGAACGGGCUUCCAGGACCUCCAGGGAGCGAGAUACAGGGAAGAAGAAGAAGAAGAAGAAGAAGGUGGAGAGAGAUUCAUCAGACGAAGCCUUGCGAGGGGAAAGUCAACCAAGGGACGAAGGAGCGAAGCCGAGAGGACCUGAAGACGACUCGCACACGACUUUUCUCGAGUUGCUGAAGUUGUCUAAAUCGCUGCCCAGGAAGGAGAUAGUGCAAGGCUGCGAUGAAGGAAACGUUGGUGGAAUUGCUAUGAACGUCAUCACAACAUCAGGUGGAGCCGCGCAGAAUGGAGUUGAACCUCUUCCUCUCCCUCCCCAUCACCAGCAUCCACUGCGUCACACCCUCCUGCCUGGGGAGGACCUUCACAUCUACGCCUACGAGGGCGAUGGCUCCUCAUCAGGAUCACUUACUUCCACUAUAUCAGGCUUACAAGCCGAGGUCGACAGGGAGGAGAGCAGCAGCGGAACCGUGCUCAGUGAAUUCUUAGAAGUGAUUGACCUUUUGAAGAACCUCCCAGAUGCGCCGAAUUCUUCUUCAUUACUGUCGAAGCUCAAACAAAAAGAGAAAAGUGAAAAGGUUUCUCAAGGAGAGAAGCUGCUGGGACGUCAGAGGUCCAGUGUCGAGUCUACCGGAGCAAAGACUUCUUCCGAGGUUCCUUCAGGACCUUCCGCAUCUUCCUCGGAAAGAGGCCCGAGAGGCCGAGGGCUUCUUCAUAUUUCUAGAGAGCUUAAGGAUGACUUGAAGACCACUGCUUGUUGAUGUAUGUCGUUGCGAUUAAGUUUCAAAACUGCGCCUUGGUACUGGAAAUGUUUGGAGUAAAAUUUUUCUCUCUUUGGUUGGAGUUUUGGUUAAUUUUGGUUGAAAAUAAAUUGAAUUAAUAUCCUUAGUAAUAAAUGGAUUUGUGGUGUCUUGAGCUGAAAAAGAAGUGUCAUACUUUCACACCUUAUUUUCUGUGUACAUUUAUCAGUUGAGGAUCCUGACACCCCGUUGAAACUAUCAUAUCUAAUCUGCUGUAAAUUAAAAAUUUUAAUUUAGAACAAAGUUUGCUCGCGUUUGAGUUUAUGUGCAUUCUGGGAUACUAUUGGGUCAAAGAAUGCUCCUCAAGCUUAGUAUUCCUGCACAUUAAAAUAACUGUUCCGAGGGAGAUCUUUUAAAUUCUAAUUAAUCCCCAGAACGAUUUCUGUUUCAGUUAAAAGAUAUAUAAGGACUGAUUCUUCAGGAAUUUUUUAUAAAAUGCGUGGAAAUGACUCUCACCAUUCACUAAAAAAUGUGAUACUUGAAGUUCGGUUUCGAUUUUCAUUCAAUAAACAAGUGAGCAAACAUUUUCCUUUACAAAGUUAUAUUGUCUAAAUUAAAGUUAUUUUAAGAGAAAAUAUUAAUACAAAAAUAUUUUGGGGUCACCAAAGCAAAAUAUAGCUAACAAGGACUUUUAAGAAAAGUGAAAUUACCUUGGUUCUUGAUGCCUAAAUAAUGGCAUUAACUUUGAGAAGUACAAAUCAGUAGAACAGGAGUGUUGAGGCUAAGAAGCGGAGAAUUAUUUUGAUCUGGAAGAGGUCUGUCAGUUACGAUGAAACGGAUACUACAGAGGUCCUUUAUUUAACCUUGAAAUGUAUCUGCCUGUUUUGUAUGUUUCUAUGAAGAAAGUAAUA